GGAUUCAUGAAUUUUGAUAUGUUUGAGUUUCAUUUUGAAAUAUUUUGAGUGAAUGCGGAAAAUCUCAUGGCCGGUAAUAUUUAAAAUAGAUGAACACCAGCAUUAGGAUAAGGUCAGCGAAGCCAAAGAUAAAAUCUCCGUUUAUAAAAAACCAAGGAGCAUUUCCUAAAGAUUUCUUCACAAAUAAAGACUUGAGCUUAAAAAGACAAUGUAGCAAAAACUCAAUAAUAAACACAACUCUUGACAACAAGAUCCAGUCUUUGAAUAAUACUGUCAUCAGUAGUAGUGAGAAGGACGUCAAGAGAAACUCCUCUCAAGGCUUCACACGGGUAUUUCCCUCUAAGAAUCGGAAAUACAGAAAAGCAACCAAUUCUUGUUCUGAGAACAGAAAACCCCCGAUUAGGAUAAGCAAGUUAGUGAACCUUGACAUCCUGAAGAAACAAGGUGGGGAUGCUACAGAGCAAGAGAGACACAUGCUGGAAAUCAGCAGUAAGACCAAAAGUGUUCUGCAGCUAUCCAGGAACAACUCUGGGCUCAAUUGAAACUAUAAUAAGGAUGGUAUAAUUCCUAUUGGGUCCGGCCGGUCCUCUCAUUUCAAUAAUACCCAAGAGGUUUCUACAUCUGCCCUUGCUCUAGGUGAUGGCCUUGAAGAAGAUAGUGUAGAGAUUAGGAGACCUGUCAUUAAAUCAAAGUAUCAAAACUAUCUGAGGAACAGCAGCAAUAAGUCCUUACUCUCCCACGGAAACAGUAGAGGUAUAAACAUCAGUGAAUUAGCCAAACAGAGGCUCAAAAUGUGCAAGAACUCUGAUUUUAAGAUCCCAAAUCAAAGAUGUAGUCAGCUUAAAAGUGCUUAUAGGCAGAAGCCUCAGAUUAAGAAGUACUCAAGUAUCUACAAAACUGUGAAUGGAGAUUCUAGAGGGAAUAACACAAGCAUGUCCAUUCAUCAUUAUGAUACCAACAAAAGUGUUUUACAAGCAAAUCAAAUUGCUUACAAAAACUUUAGAAAGAAGAUGCUUAAGAUCAAAAGCUCACAGAAAUUAGCACCGAAAAGAAAAACCUCUAAAAGAUUGGUAAAGUUGAAGAAGCUCGAGAAGACUCAGGACCAGCCUCUUGGCAUCAGUGUCAAGAGACUCAACCCCAGCUCUACAAUGGGGGGAAAUUGUAGGAAGCAGAACUAUCAUAGCAAUAAUUUGGCAAACCAGACGAUAGAAUACCAUGAAAAGACAAUGAUUGAAGAGUAUACCAAUGCCAGCAUCCCUGAAUUUACUCUUGGUCCAACCUCUUUCAGCAAGAAUGAGAGGCCUAAGCCUCUCUCAGUCAACAGAAUGGGGUUCUACGAAGACUGUAAAGAUCUGGAGGCCAAACUUUCGCCAAUAAAGCAAUGUCAAGAAGUUGUGAAAGACAAUAUUUUAAAUUUAAAUCUUGAAAAAGUUCGGAAACUUCCUGACGGAAGUUUGCCGGACAAUAAAGAUUCUGAGGAAAAUGGAUUCUAUGAUAACACAGGUUUGCUUUCCAGUCCUUCCACAGGCAAACAUGACAGCACAAAGAAGUAUAUAGAAUUAGUAGACAGUUUCCGGACAGGAGGCAGAAAUAUUGAAUUCGAAACUCCAAGCUUUAAAAUUCAAACCGAAGAGACAGGAGGGAAAUAAAGAAAAUAUGAAGUUAGAAGAUGUUCUCAAAAAAAUCAAAAAUACUCAGAGGAGCUAUACCCUCCUAAACAGCUUAUGUAGGAACUCUAGUGAAAUGCAGACUCAGAGAAAAUCUUCUGCUACUCGUGCAGAAACUGAUGCAAUCGACUCUUUUAGGCCAAAAUCCCGCCGACUGAAGAACUCUCACAUGAACUUGAAAAAGUAUCACCAAGAGGAAUCAGCAAAAGAGAUAUGUAUCCCAGACAAUAUAGCAAGGCUUGAAGGUAGAAAUGGUAGUCUUGGAUUCAACUAAUCCAUAUAUUUCCUCCUAGAAAUGCUAGUUUCUUCUUGUCCAAUCUCGAUCACCUCCCUCCUCAAGGUUUGGUCAAACUUGUUCAGCUCAGGAACAGAAGUUGUAAGCUCCACCACGCAGAACACGAAAGAGGUGAUGCUAGCAUUGUAGAUGACCUUUAUUCAUAAAAUCCAU